GUUGCGAGGACGGCUCACAAUAUGGCAGCGAUGGGGUCCCGUGAGAUGUGAAUUAUCCGUUAUUUUUGUGAUUUUCCGCUCGUGUGCGCGUCGAGCGUGUCCCCCCGAGGUUCCGAAUCCCCCGGGGGAGGAUGUAGACGCCACUGACGAAAGAUAGAGAAAAUAGAGCAAGCGGAAACCGAGAUAUGACCAAGAAAAGAGAGCGAAGUUGUGAAGCUUGACACUCACCACCACCACCUCCACCACAACCACCACCUCCACCACCACCGCCGGGGCCUCGUCACCCCCCCCCACCACCACCAUUACGCGCAUCACCACCGUCACCAUCACCACCACCCGGGUCAGCCGCCUCACCACGCCGCACGCCACCACCAGGAUGCACAACACCACCACCACCACCGCCACCAACACCACCAGCCACACCGCCAACCCUGCCAACGGCGGCCCCAGCGGCAGCACCACCGCCGCCAACAACCAGCACAACCACCACCACGGCGGCGGCGGGGGCGGCGGCGGCGGCGGGGGGCAGGGGGGGCACAACAACCGGCGGCGCAAGAAGCGGCCCUCGUACGGCGUGCGCACGGUGGAGAUCACCAAGGGGCGCAAAGGCUUCGGCUUCACCAUCAGCGGGCAGGGGCCGUGCAUCCUGUCCUGCAUCGUGCCCGGCUCGCCCGGCGAGCGCGCCGGCCUGCGCCCCGGCGACUACCUCAUCGCCGUGAACGGCCAGAACGUGAGCAAGGCGGCGCACGACGACGUGGCGCGGCUGAUCGGCGCCUCCAAGCUGCUCAAGCUGCAGAUCGCCGAGAACUACUACAGCGACUCCUCCGACGACGAGUUCGUGACGGUGAGCCGCCCCAAGCCCAAGUACCCGAACAGGCUGCGGCACAAGAGCCAGCAGACGCGCGCCGAGAAGGUCGUGCGCGACCUGCAGAGCGGCGCCAUCUUCAGCGAGCACGCCGCCAUGCACCUCGGCGAGGCCGCCGCCGCCGCCAACACCUCGGCGGCGGCGGCGGCCGUGCUGCUGGAGCUGGACGCCGCCGCCGUGCACGCCCACGCCGCUCAGUGGCCGCCCAAGGCGCCGCUCACGCCCACGCCCGACGCGGCCCCGCCCUCCGCCUCGCCGACGCGGCUGCGGCCUGACCAGAUCCAGCUGGUGAUGGCCGAGGCGCGCCAGGCCGCGCGCACGCCGCGCCCCCCCAAGGACCCCCUGCCCCAGCCCUCCCCUGCCCCGCCGCAGCCACAGACGGCCCCGCCCCGGCCCCGCCACGUUGUCAAGAAGAAUAACAAGUCCCCCAAGGGCAAGCUGCUCCACCACGGGGGCGAGGCGGGGCGCCCCCUGCCCCCCCAACCGCCGCCCCCACAGGCCUCGCCGCCCCCGCCCCUGCACCAGGCUCCACGGCCGCACUCCCCGCAGGCCCAGUGGGCGGAGCGCCCCAACAGCCCCCCGGCGGCCUUGGAGGCCUACAGCGGCCUGACGGAGCACGAGCUGCAGCAGCUGCUGUUCCCCGCGGGGCCCGGCGGGGGCGGCGUGGGCGGCGGGGUCGGCGGGGGCGACGGGGCGCUGUACCGCGCCGUGGUGGGGUACCUGGGCACCAUCGAGAUGCCCAAGGAGCCGGCGGGCGUGUCGCGGCUGGCGGCCAUCCGCUCCUGCGUGCGCCGCCUGCGCAUCGAGAAGAAGGUGCACCAGCUGGUGCUCAUGUGCGUGUGCGCCGAGCGCGUGGUGCUGGCCAGCCCCGACGGCCGCUCCCUGGCGCAGUACCCCGCAGACCGCAUCACCUUCUGCGGCGUCUACGCCGACGACAAGAAGUUCUUCGGGCUGGUGACGGUGCACGGUGCCGGCGACGACAGCGACGGCUCGCACGACGGCGGCGGCGGCGGCGAGGGCGGCGGCGGCGGGUGUGGCAGCAGCGGGUCGUCGUCGUGCCACGUGUUCAUGGUGGACCCGCGCAUGGCGCUGCACGCCGACCACGCGCGGCGCGCCAAGUCCUUCCGCCUGGCCUGCACGCCGCGCCCGCCGCCCGAGGCCGCGCAGUGCCAGGAGUUCCCGGACAGCGCCGACCCCAUCCUGCACGCCAUCCUGGGCCUCUACCGCGGGCGGGGGGGCGGCGUGGGCGCGGGGGGCUUGGAGGGGGGCGUGGGGGGCCUGGUGGACCUGGAGGCGCAGCUGUCCCCCCACCACUCCUCCUCCAACUCCUCCAACAGCGACUCAGGGAUCGGCUUCCGGGACGAGGGGGGCGGCCACCCCUACCACCCCCCGCACCCCCACCCGCACCCCCACCACCCGCACCACCACCACCACCCCCACCACCACCACCACGACCGCCUCUUCGUGCUGGAGGUAGACGACGCCCCGCGCUUGCGCCUGCAGAACUACCCCCCCACGCCCGGCCCGACGCCCGCCACACCCGCGCCCACGCCGCGCCCCGCGCCGCUGCCCGACGCCCUGCGCGCCGCUCUGGACACACACCCGCUGCGGGGCGGCGGCGGGGGCAGCCUGGAGGCGCACCGCCCCCCGCACCGCGAGGACAACCUGCGGGUGGGCGGCGGCGGCAGCCUGGAGCCCCCCCACCGCCUGGACGGCCUGCACGCCCGCGGCGCCGCCCUGGACCCCCUGCGGCCCCCCCUCGAGGCCCUGCGCGGCGACACCCACCCGCGCGGCGGCCUGGACCUGGCGCACCGCGAGGCGCUGCGCGGCGACGCGGCACGCGGCGACUGUCGGGGCGACUGUCGGAGCGGGGAGUGCGUGCGCUGCAGCGACGGCCCGCGCGAGGCGCUGCUCGGCAGGCCGGGGCAGGACGCCGGCCUGCGGGGUGGCGGUGUGCCGCUGGCGGAGUACCUCCUGCAGGCCCCCGAGGAGCAGCAGCACCAGUGUGAGGGCGGCGAGGGCUGCGGCAGCGACGGGGAGUGCCGCGCGGCGGCGGGGCAGCAGGAGGGCGUGGCGGGCGUGAGUCGCCUCACCGUGCGGGCCAUGCCGGACCCCGUGGGGUUCGAGCGGUCGGCGUCGUGCCUGGUGGCGCCGCGCCCCGCCGCCGCGGCCGCCGUGGCGUCCAUGCGCCACUCCAUGCACAAGUACCUGCAGCACAAGGCGCAGCACCUCGUCAAGGUGAGCCAGAAGAUCAACAGGCGGGAGAGCGACUCCACCACCACCACCACCACCACCACCACCACGACCACCACCUCCGCCACCACCAUACUCGCACACGCCCACGCCCACCCCCCGCCCCAGCACCCCCACCACCCGCACCCUCUCAGCGUGCGCGCCUUCUCGCCCUCGCCGUCGCCCGCCGCACCCUGUCCCUCGCCCGCCGGCCCCCUCACCCCCCACGACCUGGAGCUGUCCCUCAAGCUGUCCCCCAAGGUGUUCGGCGUGCCCCCCGCCCCCAUGGCGCCCCUCAGGCCACGCGCGCCCUCAGAGCGAUCCUACACGCGCUCCCUCGAGGACCUGCGCGACUCUUCCACCAGCGAGGGCGUGGGCGGCGGCGGCGGCGGGGAGGUGAGGGCGGCGGGGCUGGGGGGCGGCGGGGGCUCCUUCCGCGACGGCUCCGAGAGUGACCACGGCCUGGACCGCCUGCGGCAUGUGCCCCUGGCGCCCCUCGCCCCCCUCGCCCCCCUCGCGCGCCUCCUGCACGCCUCGGAGACCAACCUGGCGCGCUACCCGCACCCCCUCUACCCCCCCGAGGCGCCGCGCGGGGCAUUCCGCGCCGUGCAGCCUCGCGGGGCCCGCCGUGACGCCCCCGUGCUGGCCAUGGGCGUGGUGCCGCGGCUGGGGGGGCUGAUGGGGGGCGUGGGGGGGCUGGCGGGCGACUCGGGCGACGAGCACACGGAGAACACGGAGAACACGGGCGAGGGCGAGCAGGAGGGCGGCAGCCAGGACGUGCACCCGCCCACGCAGGACGAGGACGACGGCGACGACGACGACGACGACGACGACGACUCGCUGCACCAGGUGGACGGCGGUGCCGGCGGCGGCGGCGUGGGGGGCGCGGACAAGCACUGGGGGCGCCAUGGGUCCUUCCGGGGGGGCUACGGGGGGGCGGGGGGCGGGGGGCUGUCCUCUGGUGACCCCUCGCACUCUGACACCGAGCUGGGCAAGCUCUCCGCGCCCCAUAGCCUCCUAGACGGGGAGUGUGGGUCCAUGGGGCGGGGCAGCGUGGGCGGAGGAAGCGAGGCAUCUGAACGGGGCAUGGACCAAGGAAGAGUGACCGCAUGGGCUACCUCGUUUGAGAAGCUCCUUGAAGACCCAGCUGGCUUGCAUACGUUUGCGGAGUUCCUGAAGAAGGAGUAUAGCCACGAGAACAUCUACUUCUACACGGCCUGCGAGAGGUACAAGCGUUUGACCUGCCAGGAGGAGAUGCAGUCUACCGCAAAGAAGAUUUUCGAGCGCCACCUCUGCAGUGGGGCGCCAGAGCCUGUCAACGUAGACUCGCAGGCCAGGCAAGACGCGCAGGAUGGCCUUCACCUGCCCUCCGAGACCCUAUUUGGCCAGGCGCAGAAACAGAUCUUCAACCUCAUGAAGUUCGACAGCUACUCAAGGUUCCUAAAAUCUGGUCUUUACACCGACUGUCUGAACAAGGAGCGUCGCGGCCAGCCCCUGCUAUACCCCGGAGACCAUACCCUAGACCCAGACCUCAGGCUAUGCCCCGACGAUGCCCACACCAAGCUUAAGAAGAGUUGCUCGGACGCUGAUGAGAGACGGCGUCGCUCAAUCCUUCCGCCGUGGAGUCGGAAAGACCGCAGCAAGAGUAAGGACCGGGGCGAGGCGGAGUACCGGAGGCGGAGGAAACACCAGCAACACCAGCCCCAGCACCAGCAACACCAGCGGCUGACCUCAGACUCCUCCUCCCUGCGCUCCAUUAGUGGGAGUCAGACAUCGCUGAACUCAUCGUCCGAUCUGCCCAUGGGGAGGAGGGUGGCGUCCAGGGAGAGCCUUACCAGCGGCGGCGAGCCUGGCGGGGGCGGGGGGGGCAGCCUGAGUGGGGGUGAGGGGGGUGUGGGGGGCCGGAGCCGGAGCAGCAGUAGUACGACAACCUGCCGGGUCUUCCUGCCUGACUCCAGCAAAUCCGUGGUGUUGCUGCGGCCCCAGGAGACAGUGCAGGAGGUGAUGGCUAGGCUACUGGAGCGCCGGGGCCUACCAUACACCUGCUUUGAGGUCUACAUGGACAACAACAACAAGGUGGUGUGUCGCGACGAGGAUGCGCUGGCUCUGAAGGACAAGAAGGUUCGUCUAGAGCCGCGUUCAGUGUUCCAGCUGGUUCUGCCCUGCCAACGCCCCCUGUUUGUCAAGGCUGACCCUGCCAAGGCCAUCGGGGACAGACUCAAGCCCCUGCUGACCAAGGCUGGGCUCAAGAUGGACUUGCUGCAUGUGCAUAAGGAAGGCGAGGAAAAGGCGCUCAACCUCAAGGGACCAAUUGGUGACCUUGAUGGACUGAAGGUCAUCGUCCAGACCAAGGAAGACGUGAGAGACUGGGGCGUGGAGGGGGGCCGGCAGAAGCGUCGCACCACCGCCGCUGGGACCCUCAACACCACCUCCACCACCACCACGGGCAGCACCACCAGCCUGGACGACAUCACUAAUAGAGUUUUUCAAGACCUCAGAAAUGGGAAGAUGGAAUGCUUUGAUGAUUUCUCUGUCAUAGAUUUGGACGCACGCUCGACCAGGACGGACAGCAGUGACAAGUCUUCUGGAAUUCAAGACUUUUGCAGAAGAAAUUCCUUUGGUAUAGAAAAGGACUCCUCCACCCAUCGGAGAUACAAACACCGGACCCCAGACAUCAAAGGCCUUCAACACCACCACCACCACCACCACCACCACCAGGAUCACUACCACCACCACCACCACAACGCCAAACGAAGAGGAGGUGGAGGAGGUGGUGGUCUCAACUCCACUGCGGUCAAUGGUGGUGGUGGUGGUGGUGGUGGUGUUGUGACGACAGAUAAUGAUAAUGAACUCUAUGAGGGCUUGAAGAGGGCGCAAAGGAGUCGCUUAGAUGACCAGAGAGGAACGGAGAUUAAUUUUGAGUUACCGGAGUUUUUGAAGAAUGACAAAAAGCAGGACAGCGGCGCCCCUAGCCUGGCCGAUCAGCUGUUAGCCCGACUCGAGUGUUCCCAGGGGGGGGGUGGGGCACCCUCCCCUGAGUACUUUUCCCUGGCCCACCCUGAGGUUUGGGGCUGCCCCCUGCCCCCCAGCCAUGGCCCCUUCCCCAACACAACCCUUGUCCCUGAGCCUGAACUUGAUCUUGAUGACUUCGAGGACACGUUACGAGGGACUGAGGGAGGCGAUACCGCUCCCCCCUCACCCCUCGCCCCCCCUCACCACCCCCCACUUAUAGGCCUAGACACGGGGGGGGUAGGGGUGAUGCCUCCAGUUCUUCCUCCAUCUCUCCCCUCUCUCCCUCUCCCCCCGCCCCCCCUCCCCCCUAAGCCGAAGGUAGGAGGGGUGCGCGGCCCCCCACCUCGCCCCCCUUCACGCCAGCUCCCCCUCAGCAACCCGCCACCCCCCUCCUUCCCCCCUCCGCCCCCCUCCACCAGUAAUAGCGAGGAGGAGGGGGUUCUGGCGCCCCCUCCAAGCUUGCCCCCCCUGCUACCCCCCCUCCACCUCGGCCGCCCCCCACCAAGUCAGGAAAAAUUUAAUAUAAGUUUUGUGUGAGUGUGUUCGUGUGUGUGUGUGUGUGUGUGUGUGUGUGUGUGUGUGUGUGUUUCUUUUUUACUAUCUUUUAUUUUCUCUCUCUCUCUCUCUCUCUCUCUCUCUCUCUCUCUCUCUCUCUCUCUCUUUCCUGCAUAGUACAAAGUUUAAUGAGCCAAUCAAAUCUCUCUCUCUCUCUCUCUCUCUCUCUCUCUCUCUCUCUCUCUCUCUCUCUCUCUCUCUCUCUCUCUCAUUACUAGUGCCAUUCCAUACAAUUAGAGAGAGAGAGAGAGAGAGAGAGAGAGAGAGAGAGAGAGAGAGAGAGAGAGAGAGAAUCAGACUUCCAUGUACACUUUUUCCUCAUGUACGUGUGUGUGUGUGUGUGUGUGUGUGUGUUCGUGUGUGCGUUAACAGGCUGGUGAUAUAUUCAGUAUUUCUACAGUGUAAAUAGAUCCUCCUCCUCCUCCUCCUCCUCCUCCUCCUCCUCUUCUUCUUCUUCUUCUUCUUCUUCCUCCUCCUCUUCUUUAUAUGUAUAUGUAUAGAUAGAAUAGAUUUAUUAUACGUUGAUUCUUCCUCCUCCUCCUCCUCCUCUUCUUCUUCCUCUUCCUCUUCUUUUUCUUCCUCCUUUCCUUUUUCUUCUUCUUUUUCUUCUUGUUUUUUUUUCUCUUUCUCUCCUCCUCCUCCUCCUCCUCCUCUUUCUUCCUCCUCCUCCUCCUCCUCUUCUUCUUUCUUCCUCUUCUUCCUCUUCUCCUAUUUAUUCUUCCUCCUCCUUCUCCUUCCUUCCUUCCUUCCUUCCUUCCCUCCUCCUCCUCCUCCUCCUCCUCCUCCUCCUCCUCCUCUUUCUUCCUUUUCCUCCUCUGCUUCCUUCCUUCCUCCCUCCUCCUCCUCCUCCUCCUCCUCCUCCUCCGAUGUGUACAGAGAGAUAUGCCUGUAUGUACGUUUGUGUGUGUGUGUGUGUGUGUGUGUGUGUGUGUGUGUGUGUGUGUACAUAUGUAGGUUUUUCGAUACGUACAUGUUCCUAUUGUGUAUUUUUCUUGUUUAUUAAAAUUGUAUAUAUUAUAAUUUUUUUUAUAUUAUAAUUAAAAUAUAAAUAAUAAUAAUAAUGAUAAUAAUAAUAAUGAUAAUAAAGAGAUGAUUUUCUACGAUAA